AUGGUUGAGAUCUGCACCAUCUACGACGAAACUAGACUGCUGCUGAGCAGGCAGCGACGUCUUCCUAUACCGCACGGCGCAUUGUUGGAACCAAACUUUGCAACGCCGACGGUUACACCAAAGCCGACGCACACCCCACAAUAUCAACCACGAUUCAAUCGAGUUCACGCGGUUGAGAUGGAGGAAACCUUGGGAGACGAUAACAGGAUACCGGAAAGUCUGGCAGCAAGUUACGAAGUAGAUCAGUCACAUGGUUGGAAAGAUCCCUGGCAACUGAAAAUAGAUCAGCUAAUGGAGCAGGUCAGUGAAAUGAAAUUGCAAUUAUCAGCAAGAGGACCAAGACCAACAUUUCCAUCAUCGCAAAAAACAAACCCACCGGUGCAGCAUCGGCGGUAUAUGCAACAACAGGAAAUGCAAACACGACACGGGCAGCUUCAGCAACAGGUAUUGCAACAGCACCAGCCACAUCAUGUGCCUUUUGCGCAGACAAAGGCACACCAACCGAGAAGCGAGGAGCCUUCACUGCAAGCACAGGGCGAAAGCACUUCUGAUCACCGGCGCUUAGUGAUGAUUUGA